CAUGCACUUGCUGGGAUUAUUCUCCCUGGUCUGCUCCCUGAUUGCUGCAGCUCUGCUCCUGGGACCUCGGGCGCCGGCCGCAGCUGCGGCUUAUGAGUCGGGACAGGGCUAUUACGAGGAAGAACCGGAUCUGGGGGAGGCAAAGGAUCAUGCAAGCAGAGACCUGGAAGAGCAAUUGCGGGCCGUGUCCAGCGUGGAUGAACUUAUGACAGUCCUAUAUCCAGAAUAUUGGAAAAUGUUUAAAUGUCAGUUGAGGAAAGGUGGCUGGCAGCAAAAUGGGGAGCAGCCCAGUCCUGACACAAGAGAAGAGAAUGUCAAAUUCGCUGCGGCACAUUACAAUGCAGAGAUCUUAAAAAGUAUUGAUAAUGAGUGGAGAAAGACUCAGUGCAUGCCACGUGAGGUGUGUAUAGAUGUGGGGAAAGAGUUUGGAGCAGCAACAAACACCUUCUUUAAACCUCCAUGUGUAUCCAUCUACAGAUGUGGGGGUUGCUGCAACAGUGAGGGACUGCAGUGUAUGAACACCAGCACAAGUUACCUCAGCAAAACGCUGUUUGAAAUUACAGUGCCUCUCUCCCAUGGCCCCAAGCCAGUUACCAUCAGUUUUGCCAAUCACACCUCCUGCCGAUGUAUGUCUAAACUGGAUGUUUAUAGACAAGUUCAUUCAAUUAUUAGACGUUCCCUGCCAGCGACACAGUCACAGUGUCACGCAAUGAACAAGACUUGCCCCAAAAAUCAUAUCUGGAACAAUCACAUCUGCAGAUGCCUGGCUCAGCAAGAUUUCUUUUUCUCCUCCAGUGUUGGAGACAGUGAUGCUUCAGAUGGAUUCCAUGAUAUCUGUGGACCCAACAAAGAAUUGGAUGAAGAAACCUGUCAGUGUGUAUGCAAAGGAGGACUUCAGCCUUCAAGCUGCGGACCCCACAGAGAACUGGACAGAAACUCCUGCCAAUGUGUGUGCAAAAACAAACUUCUACCCAGCUCGUGUGGAGCCAACAGAGAAUUUGAUGAAAACACAUGUCAGUGUGUAUGCAAGAAAAGCUGUCCAAGGCAUCUGCCACUAAAUCCUGGAAAGUGUACCUGUGAAUGUACAGAAUCUCCAAGUAGAUGUUUAUCAAAAGGAAAGAAGUUUCGGCAACAGAACUGCAGUUGUUACAGACUACCAUGUCUGGGUAAAGUGAAGCGUUGUGAGCCAAGAUUUUCAUUCAGUGAAGAAGUAUGUCGUUGUGUUCCUUCACAUUGGAAAAGACCACAUAUGAACUAAGUAAACAGCAUCAUUUGCCAGUUGAGCAUACAGUUUUCUAUGACGAAAAGCAGACUAUAUUGCUGUCAUUUGGAACUCUUGAUAAACAGAGACCUUGUUGGGGCCAUGAUAAAGACACAACUGAUUUUUCCUGAACAAUGUGGUUGGGGCUCACUUGCAUAAAGAACCCAUUUAAGGACCCAUUUUCUGCCAAUGACCAAACAGCCUAGGUUUUUUUCUUCUUUGUGAUUUUUUAAAAAAGAUAAUGACUAUAUAAUUUAUUUCCACUAAAAAUAUUGUGCAGCAUUCCUGUUUAUAGCAAUAACAAUUGUUAAAGCUCACUGUGAUCAAUAUUUUUAUAUCAUGCAAAGUAUGUUUAAAAUAAAGUGAAAAUGUAUUAUAAACUUG